AUGGAUGCGGGUAUUGAAAAGGAAUGCAGCGCUCUGGGAGGGCUCUUCCAGAUCAUCAUGAACGACAUGAAGGGGCCAGAGGAGCAGUUUUUGCUGUUUGGGGAGAUCUUUCCAGACACAUUCCGUGUGUCCCUUUGUCAGGAUGAGGAAAUGGCCGUGCGCCGAGUUGCUCGCAAAAGCCGUGAGUCUCCUGUCCCCAUGGAGAUGGACCCACUCUUUGACAUGGACGUGCUGAUGUCAGAGUUUUCUGACACACUCUUCUCCACGCUGGCCUCCCACCAGCCCAUGGCCUGGCCCAAUCCGAGGGAGAUAGCUCAUGCAGGGAACGCAGACAUGAUCCAGCCUGGACUCAUCCCCCUACAGCCCAACCUGGACUUUAUGGACUCCUUUGAGCCAUUGCAAGACUUAUUUCACAGCCUCCGUCAGCCCAUCUUCCCCUCUGCUUCCCUCACUGCCUCAUCUGUCACUCCUCUACCCAGCAGCAGCUCUCAAUCCCAGGGCCAGCUUCUCUCUUCCAUGCACCUCUCAGCUGACCUACCGUCCAUCAGUCAUGACCACAGACUCGUCUCCGCAGCCCCCCUGCCUAUCUCCUCCCUCAUGGCCAAUCAAACCAGUGGGACCGGUGAAGGUUCCUCCUAUGUACAGAACUACAUGCCUCUGUUCACUGCGCCAGUGCCACCUAGUGGUCAGGCUGGAGGCUCCUCCCUCAUGCAACCCUCAGCCCCUCCCACACUGCCACACACCCAGCCCUGCCAAGGUGCUGUCACAGCAACAUCAGUAGCCCCCCCACCCCUGGACGAUGCCACAAGCCUGGACGGUUCCCCACCCCCAUCUGUCAUCACACACACUGCCUCCUCCAUUGUUACACCCAGUGAGGCUGCCACCACCUUCAGUCAGGGCUCUGAGCUCAGCUCCUUAACCCGGGCUCCUCCACCACCACCACCCCCCCUCCAGCCCCUGGCACCCUCACCUGCCAUCCCCCUCCAACCCCCCCAUACUUUCGCCCUGCCCAGACCCAUCCAGCCUUCUUGCUCCAGCAAAAAGACAUGCCAUGUGCAAAGGAUAGUUCCUGCCAACCCCAUCCCCUCAUCUCACCUCAUCCUAACAACCCCCUUCCCAGGGCAUACCAGUGCAGUGAUUGUUACUCCAACUCCCCUGAAAGCAGACGUGGUUCCCUCAACUGGCGUGGUCAUCGCCUCCUCAAGCCUAUCAAGGGCUCCUGGAUUUCAUAUCCUUCCACAGACUCCG